GUUGCCAGUCAUCCCCCUGCAGAGUCUCAGACUUCAGCUAAUUGGAUGUGAUAAUCUCCCAUUUAUUUUAUUAAACAACUUGAUCCUUUUCCUUUUUGCAUGAUUCCGUCGCUCAGCCUCUUUAACCAUCACACUAAUGUCUGAAAAAGCAGUUAAGAGCAUUUAAGACUAUUGGAAACAGAGACAGGGGUUAAAACCAGAAUAAUAAAAUCUCAGACAGAAACCACAAACUCGCUCAACUUCAUUUCUUUUAUACUUGUGGCAGAACUGCAGGCUGUUUUGUUAUUUUCCAUACAAAAUCUGAUUUUUUUUACUCAGUUAUGAUGUCCAGAACCGAUGAUGGUUAAAUUUUCUCCAUAGGGGUGCAGAUCAUCUCCUAUAGGAGUGAUGCUUACACAUCAUCUUAACUUAAAAUAAUCAAACCAUCAGCUGAUUAAUGAGUAAUCCAUUCACGUAGUUGCUAUAAAUUCGAUGCUCUCGUUUUAAAGAGGUGGGAUCUCCUCUUUUUUAGCCACCAAUCUCCGUCCGUUUGCCUCCAUCCCGACUUUUUAUUGCCUCUUCUUCAAAGAGCUCGUAAGCUAUAAUUAGGGGGCGGGGCCUCGGAGUCUCAAAACACUUCCCGGCGUGAGAGCCCGACUUCUUCCAAACUGUCCCGGGACUCGGAGCUGCGCCUCUCCCCUCUGCUUCCACGGGAUUUUGUUUCUCAGGGAUGGCCGCAUCUAUUCUGGAGGUAGGAAGUAUAAUUGAAGACGCACGCUAUGGCUCCAGUCCUCUGGCUAUGUUAACUGCUACCUGUAACAAGUUUGGCAGCACCAGCCCCGUCAGGGAUUCGGCUACACCCGAUAAGACCAGCACCACCACUCAAGUAAAGAAGCCGUACGCCAUGACCUCUGACCUUCAAACGGCUAAAAUCGGGCGGACGACGGACGCCAGUGGCCUGGCGGACUCCUACACUGGCUCCUUCACCACAGCUGGAGGAGGCGGCGGUGGCGGUGGGCUGCUUACUCCAUCUGGAAGCCCCCCUUCUUCAGCUGGAGGCUACUCGACAGAAUAUAACCCCUUCUCCCACUCUUUCCAGACCUCAGUCUCCCAGGAUCCGUCUCUCCUUGUGUCUAAAGCCCACGCCACAGCCGACUGCCUCAGCAGCGUGUACACCUCGCUGGAUAUGACGCACCCUUACGGCUCCUGGUACAAGACCGGAAUCCACCCCGGCAUUACUUCUGCCCCAGCUAACUCUACGUCCUCCUGGUGGGAUGUCCACCCCAAUUCUAACUGGCUGUCUGCAACACAGCCCCAAGCUGACGGAGGUCUCCAGGCCUCGCUGCAGCCUGUAGCCCCACAAGCGUCCCUCAGCCCCCAGCUGCCGAGCUACAGCACCGACUUUACGACUCUCAACCCAGCGCCGUACCCCUCAGUAGGGCUGGGGUCCUCCUCACAUCUCCUCCAACCCUCCCAGCACAUGUUGCCCCAGGACAUGUACAAGCCCAAGCCUGUACCAAGCACAGGGCUAAUUGAGAGUCCCAUGGGCCUUAAGCCCACCAGGGGGUCAGGAGGUUAUAGCGGCGGUGGGACGCCUGGCAGAUCCUCAUGCGACUGCCCCAACUGUCAGGAGCUGGAGAGGCUGGGAGCCUCGGCGGCAUCUCUAAGGAAGAAACCGGUCCACAGCUGCCACAUCCCAGGGUGUGGGAAGGUCUACGGCAAGGCCUCCCACCUGAAGGCCCACCUGCGCUGGCACACCGGCGAGAGGCCCUUCGUUUGCAACUGGCUGUUCUGCGGGAAGCGCUUCACCCGCUCCGAUGAACUGGAGAGGCACGUGCGCACCCACACGCGGGAAAAGAAGUUCACCUGCUUGCUGUGCAACAAGCGCUUCACACGCAGCGACCACCUCUCCAAGCAUCAGAAGACCCACGCUGACUCUGCAAUGCAGGGCAAAGCCGGGGCUGUGGAGGGAGACACAGACCCUCGGGGGGAAGACACCCCAGAGCUCAACUCCAGCACGGCGCCGGCCAAUCCCGUCACCGACCAGAUCACCGCCGGAGAGGAAAAGACUGGCACGCCUAAUGGAGUGGAGAACAGCAGUGGAUUGUUGGAGAUCUGACUGCUUUAAGGCUUCUUUCCAACACAUUUCUACACGAUAGAACCUUUUUUUCAAAUGAAAAUAGUUCUUUAAAAACAUAUAGACGUCUUGAAACAAUGUUGGAAAAAACUGACAUUCAUUUUCUCUGGAACACACAUAAACACAACACGCGCACAAGUCCACAUUUGCAUAACUGCGAACAAAUGUGCCAGCGCAUAUAAAUACAUUCAUGCAUGCCCACAAAAAUAUGCGUGUUCAGAAACACAUACAAGUAAACACGCUUGUGCAUGCACACAUCUUGAAGUCUGCUCACAUUUUCUGCCUUUCAAAUGAGACAAACCACUGAGGAAAUUGAAUCUGAAAAAAAGCAGAAGGAAAAGAACUCUGAGGCUGCAAAGAAUGACGGAGUUGGAGCUGUGCAUGCCAAGAGAACACUUUAAUUUAAAACUGUAUUCUGACAUCUACCACACAAUUGUCACAACCACCUUGAUGUAAAGAAUAUUUGUCUUUUUGUUUUGUUUUGUCUAAUUUAAUUACAUAUUUACAUGAAUAAUCUAAUUUAUGUCUUAAAUUAUACACAUGGGAGAUGAUUUCUUGCAGAAAAAUUUAGCUAAGAGGAAAAAAUAUGGUUGAAGACGGCCAAAUAAAAAUAAAAUGCAUUAAAUUAAGACGUUUUUUUCUUAUUUAUUAGUUAAACUGUGGAGCUUGAAGGGAAUGUUUUUUAGUUAUUAUUUAUGGAUCUUGAAUUUUUAAUAUUUUUCUGUAUCAUCUUAGAAUUGUUGGGUCUUCCACACCUGAAAUGCAAUGACUUAGAGAUGCUUUUUUUAUAAUCAAUGCUAUAAAUUGAUUAGAUUUUCUUAAAUGUAAUAUUUUUCUACUUUAGUGUGUCUUCUUUGUGAAUCUUGGAAAUUCAAAAAUUCACUUCAAUUAAAAGCGAUAUAAUUAAUCAAGCUUUGUGUCUUUAAUGGUAUGGUAGACAUGAGCUGCCGCUGUUUACUUUGCUGUGUAAAAAUACUUUGUGUAGUGAUGAAAAAUCUCAAAGAGGUACAGAGUGUAAAGUUUUUGGUGUGGAAUCUUGACAAUUUUGGUGCUUUGAAGAGUAAAGAUGUUACAAAAAAAAAACAUUUUUUGUUCUUAUUUCUGUGACUUCUCUGCCACCCUAAUCCAUGAUCCCCUCACUUACUGUCCUUCUUUUCAUAUCUUUCCACCUCAAUAUGGCUAAGCAAAUACUUUCAUUAUCUUCUGAGGGACAAACAAAGCCAUUCACCAAAUUGAAGUCCUACAAUGACCCCCUUUCAGGGAGCCACUGUAGUUAUACACAAGACAAUUACUCCACUCUCCAGCCCGAGAGGGGUAAUUACUGCGAGCAAUGCUUCAGCGGAGUCAGGACAGGAGAAGAGAUUAACUUGAAGGUGCAUUGUUUGUUGGAAGAAGUGGUCAAACAAAAGACCCCAAUUAAGGCAGGAUGUCGGACCAAAGAAGGGGGAUAUGUGGAGAAACGAAUGGAGAAAAGAUCUGCGUUUUGGUUAAGUCACAAAGUGGCACUUGUCCAUCUUUACGACACAGUUCCUGUCGAGUUUUUACAAACUCAUAAAAAUACUUCAGUUGGGAGGAUGUCCUGCACUGUAUUCAAAGAUAGCUUCAAGGGAUCCCUCAGACAGAUGAACAAUUUAUUCUAGUGUUAAAUCUGAUGAUUAAUCAGACUUUGUGGAAAACUGCUCCAAAAAAAAAAAAAAAAGAGAGAGAGAAACAUGAAGGAAAACACAAAGAAAACACAGAAGCAGUUGGAACCCCCAAGAGUUGUUGUAACAUUUACACUUCUCAGGCUGUAUGGUUCCAAUUUGGGCCCUCUAAUGAGCUGUAGUUGAGGUCAAUUUAUAUAAAACAUCUCUGGACCCACUCUGUCAUCAAGGACCAGCGUGUUUAUGGUGGUCUGAAGUGGCCACAUGGUUGAGUCCGCAGCAUAAAAGGCGAGCACGGGGAAUGGGUAUGGCUAGGGUGUGCCAGGCUAGCAAGUGGAGGGGGGUUAAGAAGAAGACGGUCAGUGGUUAAAAAAAAAAAAAAAUCUUCGUUUUUCCCUUCUGCUGUUCUAAAAUACACUCCUUCAGCAGUGGCGGUGGCAAAACUUUAUUUUUACUUCUUUUAUUUAAAAAGCCAGGAAAUGUUAAAUGUUGCUUCAAAUAAGGUCAUAAAAAAGAAAAUAUACAUGUACUGGCACAUGGAAGUGAAAGCAGAAACCAGACAAUCUGUUCCAUAUGGCAUGCCCACAAGAACCCAUUUCUUCUAUUUACAAAAUCAAAUCACCACAGAUUUAAUAAAAAAGAAAAAAA